UGGACUCAGCAGGCACAUGGCCAGUGAAUGAGAAGUGAACGGCCCACGAGCACACGCUGCUCCUCACACACAGUGUGGAUUAGACCGUGCGAACAGGGGCCAACUCUGCGUGUGUGUGUGUGUGUGUGUGUACCUCUGUGUCUCAGUCAGCGACCUCACCUCUGCGCCACGCAUACAGUAACACACUCCCGCCGGACGGACUGCUAGGACUGCUCACUUUGUGCUGCGACUGAAGCACUUUGUGCUUUUCUUUCAGAAUGGCUGAGGCGGAACUCCACAAAGAGCGGCUACAAGCCCUGGCGGAGAAACGGAAACGACAAUCAGAGAUCGAGGACAAACGGCAGCAGCUGGAUGACCUUGUCCUGCAGCUUCAACAUCUUAGGUCCAAGGCCAUGAGGGAGAGAUGGCUACUUCAGGGAACUCCAGUAGGCUCACAGGACCAGGAGGACAGCCAGAGGAGGCAGGUCGAACAGGACGAGCGUCACGCCAAGCAGCUGGAAGAAGCUGUUCACAGAUUGGAAUCAGAGAUCAGCUUGCUGGAGAAUGAGGAAUCCCAAAUCUCUGCCAAGGAGCAAGUCCUUCGAGAGCGUCUACGGGAGACGGAGAGAUCAAUCGAGGAUCUACAGAAAAGUCUCCAAUACCAAGAUGGAGAUGCGGUGAAUUACGUCCGUUCCCAGAUUCCCAGCCUCCCUGAGCUGAACUCCAAAGCGUCGGCCACAGCUCCGGGGAACGAGCAGCUCACAAGAAAACCUGCUUUGUACGCCAUGGAGAUCAGCGUGGAGAAAGACAGGAAGACAGGUGGCACCAAGAUCCUCUCAGCCUCGCCGGUCAGCCCCGAGGACGUGCAACCCCAGCGCGGGGUCAAAGUCUUCGACGAUGGACACAAGGUCAUCUACGAGGUGCGCUCGGGUGCCUCCACCACCCUGGAGAACGGCGUGCACGCCUGGAACGCCACGGACGUGGACAAGCUGAUGCAGCGGGUCGGCCAGUCCCAUCACCGCGGCGACACCGGCAGGGUCAUGGUCACACCCGCCGAGCCCGAGGUGCCGCCCCCAGGGCUGAGCGAACUGACGAUGCAUAAGGAGGUCAAGCUGGACACGGGUAAGACGGGCAAGAUGGGCACUGCCAUGGACCAGCCACAGAUCCAGGACGAGGUGACAGAGGCACCAGAGGCCACUUCGGAGAAGCCGGUCACCAUGAUCUUCAUGGGCUAUCACAACGUGAUGGACGAGGACGAGACCAAGAAGCUGCUCGGCUUCGACGGCACCAUCAAGGCCGAGAUCGUCCUCAUCGACGAGGACGACGAGAAGUCGCUGCGAGAGAAGACGGUCACUGACAUCUCCACCAUGGAUGGCAACGCGGCCGACCUGGUGUCCGGCCGCCCGCUCUCCGACAGCACUGAACUCUCCUCAGAGGGAAAGGAGGAGAGCGUGGCCACCAAGGACCUCCCAGCCACAGCAGGGUCAGCGCUGGAUGCUGGUAUGCCAUCUGCAGGGAACGGGACACUGCCCGGGCUGAAAUCCUCCAAACCCCCAGAGGAUGACAGUGAGCUGAAGAGAGAGAGGAACCUAAAGAGUGUCAGUUUCUUAGACUCUGUAAGCGUGAUAUCUGGAGGCAAGGACAACAUGGAGCUGGAGACCCAGAGCGAGAGCCAGAACUGCCACACCGGCGCAGGCCAGAAUGGCACGGCACACCAGGGCCAAACCAUGGACACAGAGGUGGCUCAGGAGAUCCGUUACCUUGAUGAAGUCCUUGAGGCAAACUGUUGUGACCCUGCGGUGGACAUGACUUCGAACGGAACCUCUUCCCCUGAGCCACGAUCGAUCAAUGUUGACGGCAACGGGCCCUCAGUCGAAGUAUCUGACGCGUCACCGCCAACUAAUCAUGGGGUUGUAGUGGAGAGAAGAAUGCAGAGCACUUUUGUGGGUGAAGACAGGGACAACACCAAACCGAACGGGCACUCAGUUGUGGUCACUCAGGAUGACAAGAUGCUUGGGAAGCAGCCGCUGACGACCAUCAAAAAAGAAGCACGCUUCGAGCUGCGCAGUUUCCAGGAGGAGAAGAAGCCGUCAAAGCUCUUCGACGCUCCGGCGGAGAAGGAGAUCCGCGUGAAGAAGGUCCGGCCGUCCGAGGAGAUCGCUGAACUCGAGAAGGAACGCCUGGAGCUGAUCCGCGGCCAGGCAGUCAAGAAGAACCCGGGGAUCGCCGCAAAGUGGUGGAACCCUCCUCAAGAGAGGACCCUGGAGGAGGAACUGGACCCAGAAAAGCUGGAGUCGCACAGGAAGUACGAGGAGAGGAAGCAGAGGAAGAUGGAGUCCAGCCACGCCACGCAGGCGUCCCCAAACCCAACUGCCCCGAGCCCAACGUCCUCCUACACCCCUCCACCAGAGCCUGUGAGCAAAGAGGACAUUGUGACAGAGCAGGUGGACUUUUCAGCGGCUCGGAAGCAGUUUCUGCAGAUGGAGCACACGAAGCAGCCGGCCGCAGGCCCGAAGCGAGGAGUCGCUCCGCAGUUGUACUCUGCCAAGCCGUUCUCCCGAGUGUCAGAGGUCGCACACGUCGAAAGGCCCGGAGGUUACGUCACCAUCACCAGCCAGGGGUCACACGGCCUGGAUGAACGCUGUGAUGUGACGACGGUAAAAACCGAAAGGAUUUUCUGCAGCCCAGGAGAUUCGCCCUCGCAAAGCAUGGCAGAGAAUGAGAGAAAGGACAGUGUGAAAGCCUGGAACGAGGAAAGUGACUUCACCUGUGCCCACGCUGUCAUGACUUUGGUGAAGGAUGAAGAGCCCGAAAUGUUCCAAGUGCAGCGAUCCUCAAACAGCUCGUACCACCCAGAGGAGAUCGACUCAGGGCUGGACGACCUGUCCGUGCGUUCACAGGACACGACCGUUCUGGAGACUCUAUCCAACGACUUCAGCAUGGACAACGUGAGCGACAGCGGAGCAUCUAACGAGACCAUGAGUGCCUACCUGGAGAACUCUCUGGGAGACUACUCCUUUCCCUCCACCCCAAUGGCCACCACGCCCAUCAACGGGAAGUCAGAGAAGGGCACCAAAUCGCCGGACAACCACAGUGUGUCUCUCUCUUACCAAGUGGACAGUCUGACCGAAGAGGAGCUGGAGUACCAUGCCGGAGUCCUGGUGCAGUCUGCCAUUGAGCAGGCUAUCGCCCAGCAGAACGAUGAGUGGGAGCCGAGACAGGCCACCCAGCAGUCGUCCCCGAUCCCAGAGCGACGUGUCGAGGUGGUCGAGCCUGCUCCGCAACCUCGGGAACCUCCAGUCUCUCCUGUGCCUGCACCCACCGCUUCUCCCAGAGUGCCAACCCCCGUGGAAGAGAAGAGAAGUGCAGCCACCUCUCCUACGAUCACCGUCCCUAGUGCCCCCAGGGUCUCCAGCAUGCCUAGUAGCCCUACUCCUGCUCAUACUCCUGCUCCUACUCCUGCUCCUGCUCAUGCUGCUGGUCCGACACACGUGGGCCCAUACAAGCCGCCCAGUCCUUCCCCACCUCCCAGCGAGAAGCAGGAGUUCAGCUACUUCAGCAAGUACUCAGAGACUCCUGCUCCUGGUCCGACACACGUGGGCCCAUACAAGCCGCCCAGUCCUUCCCCACCUCCCAGUGAGAAGCAGGAGUUCAGCUACUUCAGCAAGUACUCAGAGACUCCUGCUUCUGGUCCGACAAACGUGGGUCCAUACAAGCCGCCCAGUCCCUCCCCACCUCCCAGUGAGAAGCAGGAGUUUAGCUACUUCAGCAAGUACUCAGAGGCUGCAGAGCUGAGAAGCACAGCGUCCGUGCUGAAGAACCAGGACGUGGAGGUGACCGCGGGACCCUUUAAGCUGCGCUCCCGCAAGCAGCGGACCCUGUCCAUGAUCGAGGAGGAGAUCCGAGCUGCCCAGGAGAGAGAGGAGGAGCUGAAGAGGCAGCGCCAGACGCGGUGCGUCCGACCCCAACCUGCUGCAAGCCACAAGCAGAAGACCAACAGCCUCCCCGCCAAAUUAGUACUCCCAGGAAAGACCGCACCAGGCAAGAUUGAGAAGAUUCGCCCGGUCCCUCCUGCUUCUCCCUGCUCCUCCGAGGGGCCUCUCCCAUCACCCCUCUCCGAUUUGGGCAGCGAUGACUCCGGGGGCAGCCAGCGCCCCAAAAACCUCAUGCAGACCCUGAUGGAGGACUUCGAGAGCCACAAGGUUAAACGCAGAGAGAAAGUUGAGGAUAAUAGUUAUGCCCGUUUAAAGCUCGCUAGUGGGGUGACAUCUGAGCAUGAUGCCAACGCUGUGGCACGGAUCCGUGUGCUGGAGGCUACUCGGGUGACCCGUCGAAAAAGCAACAUGGCGCUGAAAUGGGAGGCUGGGAUGUACGCCAACUUGGAAGACGGCGAGGAAGAAGAGGAGGAGUAGACACAGUGACACCCCCCCCCCCCCCCCCCCCCCCCCCCCCCCCCCCCAACAUACGAGUCUGAGCUAAUUAAAACUAAUUAAAAAUGGGGGGGGCAUCUCUGGAGGACAACCACAUUGUAUUUAUUUAAGUGAGGGGAGGGGGCUUCAUAUCACAUGAGAAAAUGAUUGAUGCUGCCGGUUAAAGUUGGACAAAGGGGUCACUUGCUGGCGUGGUGGUCAGACAAGCAGCCCGGGGGGGGGGGGGGGGGGGGGGGGGGGGCAUAACGAGGGCCCCUAUUUACCUUCUAGCAGGAUCACUUCCUUUUAUUGCUUCAGGAUUCUGUUUGCGAUUUUCUACUUGGUAUUUUUGGAAGUGUGUGCAGAGUACGGGGGGGGGUGUGCUACUCGGAGCAUGGGACAUGGCUUUGGGUGGUAUGCCUGUUGCUUUGGAGCUUUGGAGACAUUUUUAAGAUGAAAUGGAUAUAAACCGACCUGUUUAGUCAACAAGAGGUCUUUUUAAAGGACUGGUUGCUAUCAAACGCUUUUGGGAUUUCCAUGAAAACUGAAGAAGUGUUUCCUGUUUCUUUUUGGGCCUGAAGUGUUGGAGGUUUAAUCGACAUGGAAUAUCUCAUAUUUAAUUUCACGCCACCCCACUGGCUUCAAGAAUCUACAUAAAGUAUCGAUUCGCUUAGCACAUUUCUACUGAACCGAAAGGACUAUAUACAUUAACAUUGAUAAUCAUUUUUAUAUACAUGUUAAAACUAUUGCUGCAGUUCUGCUUUCUGUUUUCCACUGCAUUAUUAGAAUAGAGUAUCUACAAGUUAAUUUAGACUUAAAGGAGUAAAACGCAUGAAUUCUCUGCAACAUAUAAACAAGCAAACACAGUAGCACCUGACCUAUGAAAGCAAGGCCCAUGGAAACAGCCACUCAGCUCGUCAGUCAGUGUCUCCGCAUGUGAAAGAGGAUUUUUGGAGGUAGGAGCCUACGGGAGGGAAAGUCUGCAGCUGUGCCAUUCUCUAUUCACUCCUCGCAGGAAAUGGGAGAGUGACCAUAAAAAUAGAAACAGGUUGUUGAUUGAUUGUGGAUGUAAACAGAAGGGACUACCUGCUAUUUAUGCGACAUACCUUAAAAAAUGCACUUGACAGUUUCAUGAGUGAGGAGUUUCUUCUAUUAAUUCAGUGUUUUCAGGGGUACAUCGUAAUUUGUCAUAAGCGAUCAGUGAAGUGCAGACAAUCAAAGCAUGCUUUCAGUUUUGUUUGAAUAAUUACAGUGUUCAUCUGCCAGGAAAUAUGUCAGUAUUAUGAGACUGGCAUUGGCUACACAAAGCUAUAGCCAAGACCCAACAGACUUGGUCUCAAUGCAAUGUUUUAGUUCGUUGACUCAUACACAAAGAGUCUGCAUUAAACAUAGGAGUUAGAUGUCUUCAUCUGGUGAUACACCUGGCCACCAUUUGUGGGCAACAUUUCAGGCCAAGGCUACAGAGUUAGCAGACCAGCAAAGUCACAUCCAAAGUAGAGGCUGUGAGUACGUGUAAUGGUGCAUAAAGGAUUGCCUUAUGUGCCUGUCGUGUGGAGGUUUUGUGGUUGGGCAUGUAGGAACCCAGAAGUUUCACUGACCUACAGCCUGGGUAGAGAUGUGGCAGCUGUCAGAUGAUUGCAAAAAUAGGAAGAGCGAAAGGCAGAGAAAGAAAAAGAGUGUGUGUGUGUGUGUGUGUGCGGGGGGGGGGGGGGUAUGGUAACAAGCAUUAUUUACAGUACAGUAGCACUUGGAUAGAUAGUAAUAAGAGGUUAAAGGUUCCAGUGUGAGUGGCCUCUUGGUCUUGAGUGGAUAAAUGUACAAAUUCUUUACUGCAGUGUGAUUUCCGUGAUUUUUUUGUGCAUCCAGAUCAGGGACAGUUCUGAAACCGUGUUGGAAGUGCAAUCUCCCUGUUUUCAGACUGGAGAAAUAAGCAUGGUGGACAAUGACAUGAUGUAUUCAGUCAUUAGCGUUCUCCCCACACAUGUACAACCAUAGGAAUUCCACUACAUACCCUGAGACAUUCUCCUUUGUAAAAAUAAAAAUGCAAGAAUUCCUUUGUCAGUGAGCAUGUGCUAUUAAAUAAAAUGUCCUUUUUAUAUGCAUAUAGUAUAUAUAUAUAUACUCCAAAAAGUAUUUAAUGGACAGCUGUUAAUGUCCCUUUUUAUAGGUAUUUGUUGUAACUUCAAAAUUAGAAUGGCACAUAUGUAGUGCAUUUCCCUCAAGGGAGGUACUGAUUUUUAUUGUGGCCUUUGAAAUGAGCAAACAUAUUUAGUGUGAUGUUAUUAACACAAAGCAAUUGAAAACGUGUGGGUGAAAGGUUGUAAACUGAACUACUCACACUUCAGUCCAGGAAGAGUAACAUUGUGAGAGUACAGUAUGUAGGAAUAAUUCAGCAUUAUUUAAUAGUUGGUUUUGCUCAGAAGGAUAACACUAUUUUCUAAUGAAAGGUAUAUAUAUACAGUCUAUAAAGGUUGAUGACAAUUGCCCUCUUGUUUAUUUGAACUGGCAAAGCAGUUAGGUAAAGAAACGGAUAUGAUUCCUCUGUGUAGGACAUACGAUUUGUACUUGGGUUCUAUGAUGUGGAGAAUGAAUGGUGAACAGUUGCUUUUUUAUAAGGAGAUUAUUAUUUUGUUUUUAUUUGUGCAGUGAGGACAGCGUACUUGUGGAUGGAAAAUAGUGUUUUUUUGUGAAUGACAGGCAUUUUAGUAUUUGUGUAUGCUUUUAAAACAAACAAUAAUUCUAGCACCUGCUAAUUGCUUGUGUCUCACGAGAAGACCAGUUAUUAGGGGGAAAAAAUCAUGCUUUCAUAUCUUCAAAUCAGAAUGCUAAGUUCUUAUUGUUCAUGAUGAGCCCUGUGUGUGCUUUACAGAAAUGCAGAGGCAUCUUGCUUAAAUUUGUGGCUCCCCUUGCGUGUCCUGCUAGCGUCAUGCUGUAUGUGUUUGACUGGCAUAGCAAGUGGUUUAAAGUAGUUGGGUAUUGCUUUAGCUAUUGUAGAAUACACAAAUAGCACAAUGUAUUUCAAGUAUUUUUGAUAAUUAUUGCUGAAUUGCUCCGUAUUAUACCAUGGAAAUGGAGAAAGGGUGAGGAGGUUUGAUUUAAUUAUUGGCCAAUUAAGAUAAACCAAGUUCACUGCACUGUGUGUGAUGAUGGGAUUGAAGAUUUGUUUUAUUUUGUUGUUUCUGGAAAAGAAUAAGGUUUCAUUGUACACCCAGUCAACUUGAUUAUGGUGAAAUUAAAUGUUAAUAUGAGUAUAGUAUUGCACCAUCAACACAAUGGUGCAUUACUGUAAUAUGCUAGACAUCACUGUACAUUUCUGCAAAUCUCAAAUAUGUAAAUGAUGAGGCAGGAUGUACAGUCUAAAGAGACAGACUCACUGAUGUAUUUAAUCAAUUAGCAUCACACUAGACAAACUGGUGGCUGUUGGGCUCCACGUUGUAAUGAUGGACCUUCAGUGCAAUUUCAUUUAGUAACCUACAGUACACAAGUAGACAAGUCAACAAGAAAUUGACUCCAGACAAAAAAAGAAGCCUUAAGGUCAAAUUGAAAUGCAUCUUAUAACCACAUGUUCUGCAAUAGUGUGUUAAACUGAGAUUAUCUGAGGACUGGUCAGUUAACGAGGAGCCCAGGAUUGGGGAAAGGAGCUAGAAUCUCAGCUGCCUAAAAACCAAACGCACGGACACAUACACAGUAUUAAACCUGGAUAUCGUUCACCUACAGGGAGUGAACAGCACACUUUAUUCCUCAAAAAAAAAUUCUGCAGUCUGCUUUGUAAAUGUAGGACCCUUCACAAAACACACAACACAUGCUUAAAAAAGGAUGCAAUGCUGCAAUGCUUUUUCGUUGUUUAUAGUAAUAUUGAAUAUGGCAAAUCCCAGCAUAAUCGCAGGCUUGCUCUGUAAGGGUCACCUCGCUGUGUGCCGUGUGUUAGGUGGGUCUUUUCACAGGAGAAGAUACCAAAGGAGUACUGAAGAAGAUAUGGUGGCAGUGAAUGGAUUUCGUUCCCCUGUGUUAAUAUGUUAACCACUUGUAUGUUCAUAUUCUGCUUAUAUUGUUUUAUAAUAAUUACUGUAAGACUCACAGUUAUACACGUACAGUAUAUAAUUAUUUUCUCAUUAAAAACAAAAUGGAUAAUU